GCUGUCUGUCAUUAUGAAAUAGUAGGUCUCGUCAUUUUGCACUGUACUUUUUCAUUAUAUUUUAUUCGAGUGAGCAUGUCGUGUCCCAGGAGCAUCGAGAUACCAGAUGGCAGUUGGAUCGAUUGGUUCCUGGGAAUCAAGGGCCACGAAUUCUCCUGCCGGGUGCCCAAUGAAUACAUCCAGGACAAGUUCAAUCUGACGGGCCUGGAGUUCGAUAGCCAGACACUGGAGGUAGUCUUAGAUCCGGAGUUCGACAACGAGGACUGGGACUGCGCCGAAGAGAAGAAGCUGUAUGGCAUGAUCCAUGCACGGUACAUCGUUUCGCCGCGUGGCAUUGAAGAUAUGCGAUUAAAGUACGAAAGGGGGGACUUCGGAUCGUGUCCGAGAGUCUUUUGUAAGAGGCAGAAAGUCCUGCCAGUGGGCCUUCACGACGUGUGGGACAAGGCCCAAGUUAAGAUCUAUUGCCCUAGCUGUAACAACGUCUACAUCCCGCUACCCCACAAUGGAAUGCUGGACGGAGCCAUGUUCGGGACCAGCUUCCCGCAUAUGUUCUUUAUGCAGCUGCCAAGCUUGAUACCCUCUCCGCCCGUGGAGAAGUACAUCCCCCGUAUCUAUGGCUUCCAGUUGCACAAGAAGGCCCUGAUGCCGCCCGAAUCAGCAGAGUCCCCGCCAAUAAAGGUCGAAUCCUCGGUCAGCAAGUCGCCCUCCUGGCUAAGGAAUGUCCCGAAUUUUUAACUCCACACGAACAAAGCACACAAAUGUUGGUUUGGUCUGUUGUUGCAAUUAAACAGUUUCCCCAAUGCGUUGAUAUGGCCAGCGACCACUAACACAUGGGUGCACUCUCUCUGCCCUAAACACUUCACACCAUUCGGUCCACGCUGGCCAUAUCAAGCAGUCAUUCGAAAAGC